UGUUAUCGGAACAGUCUAGCCAAUCCGAGAAAAGAUGUCCCGAUACGAUUAUCCAAUCAUAAAGUAGGAGGCGGGAUUUGUCGGAAUACAAGUGGGGGACAACUAACACGUGUGGUUUCGGGCAAGUCUACGAAGAUGGCCCCCAAAACUAUGGAGCCAGUGGCCAGGAAGAUUUUUAAAGGAGUGCUCUUCCUGGAGGUGCUUGGUGUGUUUGCAGCUUACGGGCUCUAUUACAGAAUGAACACGAGCCGAGAUUUCAGAUGCACGAUGAGCAAACGCUUCCCCUCAGUUCUGGAAGUUUAUUACAAGUCCAACGAAUGGGCCGGGAACUACGGCAUCCGGGAAGCCGAUCAGGACGUGUGGUCUACUAGCCAGGAAUAGAAAGACAGACAGACGGAGAUACUCAAGAGGACGAAAGCCAUCACUUCUUCCUCCCU